AUGCUCAGCGUCCUCCCAACCCCAGCCACCGCAUCCAAUGCCGGCGCCAACACCAACCGCUUCGACUUUGUGAUCAUCGGCGGCGGAACAGCGGGGUUAGCAGUCGCAAGUCGACUCUCUGAAAUCCCAGAUAUAACAAUUGCCGUGAUUGAGGCGGGCAAGGACGAAGGGAAUAACCCCAACGUUUCGAGUGUUGUAGAGUACGGUGGAACAGCAGGGCAGGGCACGCAAAUUGACUGGUCGUAUGAGACGGUAGAGCAGAGGUAUGCUGGUGGAAGGAAGAUUGGGUUUCAUGCUGGGAAGGCGUGGGGUGGGACGAGCACGAUAAAUGGUAUGACGUAUAUACGCGCUGAAGAAGCCCAAAUCGACUCAUGGGAAACGCUCGGGAAUAAAGGGUGGUCUUGGGCCAGUUUAUGGCCUUACCAUUUGAAGAGUGAACGGUACGAGACGCCGACUAAGGCGCAGUUGGCGGCUGGGGCAUCAUAUGUGGAUUCGUAUCAUGGACGCGACGGACCUCUCAAUGUGGCGUAUCAGUACGGGCUCCAGAAUGGCUCGUUUGCGUCUCUGGCGAAGGAGACCUGGGAGGCUUUUGGAAUGCCCUUUAACCCCGAUGUUAAUGGGGGAAACAUACGCGGAUUCUCGGUCUGGCCGCAGACUCUUGACCGUGAGGCAAAUGUCCGGGAGCAUUCUGCGCGGGCUUAUUACUAUCCUGUUAGGGACCGGUCCAAUCUCGUUAUAUUUAGAGGGAGAGUGGAUAGGGUAUCGUGGGCUGAAACCAACGAGAGCAAAGUAUUGGCGGAGGGGGUCGAAUAUACCACGGAAGAUGGUAAGGCUAAAAUUCUCUAUGCGGAGAAAGAGGUCAUUGUCUCAGCCGGAGCUGUUCGAACACCGGCUAUAUUGGAGCUUUCUGGGGUUGGAAAUCCAGAGCUAUUAAAACAACUUGAUAUACCCGUCAAAGUACCCUUAUCAUCUGUCGGCGAAAACGCCAUAGACCAACCAAACACCUUCAUUAGCUACUCCAGCACCAAAAACUUCACUGGAAUCGCCCCAUAUGUAACAUACAUGACAGCCUCCGAUGUCUUCGGGCCGGAGACACAACGCAUCGCAGACGAAAUCUCUUCCGAGAUCAAAUCCUGGGCCGAACAAGUCUCCGCAGACAGUCCAGGACAAGGAUUCCCUGCCUCUGCAAUCGAGCACCAAUACCGCGUGCAGCAUGACCUAAUUUUCAACCAGGACACCGCGAUCACCGAGAUCCUAACAACAAGUUUGGGGCCGCUAGUUGGGACGGCGUUCUGGAUUUCACUUCCGUUCUCCAGGGGGAGUGUGCAUAUCCACUCGUCUGACCCGGGUGUUUAUCCUUCUCUUGACCCCAAUUAUUUUGCGGCAGAGUGGGAUCUCGUGUUCCAGAGGAGGAUUGCGCAGCUUAUAUUUAGGUACUGGGGUACGGAUCCUGUGCGUUCUUUGGCCGGACAGCGUCUUCAGCCGGCGGUCGGGGAUUUACCAUCGAAUGCCACAGAUGAGGCGUUGGAUAAAUGGAUUGCGAGUUCGUUCUCUGCCAAUCAGCAUUUGGUUGGUACGGCGUCGAUGCUUCCUAUGGAGUUCGGGGGUGUAGUUGACACUAAUCUUGUUGUCUACGGUACCGAGAAUGUAAGGGUUGUUGAUGCUUCUGUCUUACCGGGUCAGAAUAGUGGGCAUCUUACCAGUCUCAUUUAUGCGGUGGCGGAGAGGGCAGCGGAUAUCAUUAAGGAGACGCUUUAG